GGCAGUCACAGCCAUUCCAUGGUGACAUCCCAGGGGACCUUGGGUUGCAAAGGCACUGAUCUGUCACAGGCACUCACGGGGGCUCCACGGUGACAUCCCAGGAGUCCCCAGGCUGCCAAAGAGCCGGGAUGUCCCAGACUGGCACAGGAGUUCCUGUCAUGGACAGAGGCAGAAGCCAAUGCCCAGCCACAGCCAAUGUCCAACAGCAGCUCCAUCAGCCACUUCCUCCUGCUGGCACUGGCAGACACGUGGCAGCUGCAGCUCCUGCACUUCUGCCUCUCCCUGGCCAUCUCCCUGGCUGCCCUCCUGGGCAACGGCCUCAUCAUCAGCGCUGGCCACCAACUGCACACGCCCAUGUUCUUCUUCCUGCUCAACCUGGCCCUCAGCCACCUGGGCUCCAUCGGCACCACUGUCCCCAAAGCCAUCCACAAUUCCCUCUGGGACACCAGGACCAGCUCCUAUACAGGAUGUGCAGUCCAACUAUUUUUUUUUGUCUUUUUCAUUUCAGCAGAGUUUUCCCUUCUUACCAUCAUGUGCUACGACCGCUACAUGCCCAUCUGCAAAGCUCUGCACUACGGGACCCUCCUGGGCAGCAGAGCUUGUGCCCACAUGGCAGCAGCUGCCUGGGCCAGUGGCUUUCUCUUUUCACUGCUGCACCCAGCCAAUACAUUUUCCCUGCCCCUGUGCCAGGACAAUUCCCUAGGUCACUUCUUCUGUGAAAUCCCUCAGAUCCUCAAGUUCACGUGCUCCACAUCCUAUCUCAGGGAACUUGGGUUCAUUGCAGUUAGUGCCUGUUUAGGACUCAUAUGAUUUGUGUUCAUUGUUUUCUCCUAUGUGCAGAUCCUCAGCGCCGUGCUGAGGAUCCCCUCUGAGCAGGGAGGGCACAAAGCCUUUUCCACCUGCCUCCCUCACCUGGCCAUGCUCUCCCUGUUUGUCACCACUGGCACAUUUGUCUGCCUGAAGCCCCUCUCCAUCUCCUCCCCAUCCAUGGAUCUGGCACUGUCAGUUCUGUACUCGGUGGUGCCUCCAGCCCUGAACCCCCUCAUCUACAGCCUGAGGAACCAGGAGCUCAAGGCUGCAGUGUGGACACUGAUGACUGGAUGAUUUCAGGAUCAUUAAA